GAUGGGGCGGGCAGAGCGGGCUGGCGCCGGGAGAUUCGAUCCCCUCACCGCGGUCCUGACUUUAUUAACACUCCUGGAAGUCACCCCGUAAAACCCAACUCAACCAGACCUUUUUGAUUUGUGUCUUUACCGCGGAGCCAUGUUGUUACCGUGUGUGGUCUGCCAGAGCGGGAUCAGCAGCCGUUAAACCUUCACUGUCACACAGAUGGAGGCCAUGGAGGUAGACUCUCCUGUGGAAAUGCAGGGAGGAGGCAGCAGACAGCCAGAGGUUGCUGCUGCUGCUGCUGCGGACGCCAACGCACCGUACGUCAUCUCAGACUCUGGCAGCAGCACUGAGGUGGACGAGGACGACGACGAUGACAAUGAAGGAGGGCAGACGGCAGCUCGUGCACCUCCCAGACUCCCUGCCACCUGGGCGUUCAGUCAGAGAGCGGUGGGCGUCUCUGCAGCUACACCUUCAGCAGCUCAGGGGGCGCCCAUACGGAGGAGACUCAGGCAGGGCCUCAGGGUGCACUACCCCAGCCAGACUGCAGCACCCUCCAGAGGCUUUCCAGACUUCCUGCUCCGAGUGCCGGCAGCAAGCGUGGCUGAGCCGGAGUCUGGCAGCACCACAGAGGUCAGCGAGUCUGAAGAGGAGGAGGAAGAGGGGGGUGAAGAAGACACGCCUGCUGCCGUGGAGCCUGCUGACCCUGUGCCGCCUUCUAGUCCUCGCCUCAAUGCCUCUGUCCAUCAUGCACAACCACAGGAAGUUGGCCCAACCGACUCCAGUUCAGCUGCAGAUGGUGAGAGGACGGAUGCUCAGAAUCAGAAUGUCCAGCCUGUCCCUGUGGCCUCGGCUUCCGUCCAGUCAUUGCCCGCUGAAGAGGGCGAAGGCGACACCUGCACCAUCUGCUUUGAGGCGUGGACAACAGCCGGCGAGCACAGACUGUCCGCUCUGCGCUGCGGACACCUCUUCGGCUUCACCUGCAUCCAGCGCUGGCUGAAAGCACAGGGCCCGGCCGCUAAAUGUCCACAGUGCAACAAGAAAGCCAAACGCUCAGAUAUCGUUCUGCUGUACGCUCCAAAGCUGCGAGCGCUCGACAACUCGGAGCAAGAGAGCUUAAAGAAGUCUCUGGAGCAGGAGCAGUCUCUGAGGAGGAAAGCUGAACUGGAAUCAGCUCAGUACAAACUUAAACUGCAGGUUGUCACCAACAAAUACGGACAAGCACAACAAGAGCUGCAGGAGCUGAGGGCGCUGAUGGCCCAAGCUGGCAGAAACUCAGCUCCCUCCUCCUCCUCCUCGUCCUCCUCCUCAGCAUCCUCCUCGCUCCUCCUCGGUCUGUCUCAGAGGGCGGACGGCUCCAGGGCAGCACAGUACAGCUUCUCCAAGGCGGUGCUGGUGUCUCAGGCCGGAGGCUCCAGGGUUUUAUCGUACUGUGAACCUCUGAGCUGCCUGCUGGCCUCGCAGCCCUCCCCUCACUCCACACUGGUGCCCGGUUGCGGGGUGAAGAAGGUGAGUGUGGUCAACAUGAAAGCGAGUCAGUACGUCCCCAUCCACAGCAAACAGAUCCGGGGUCUGUCCUUCAACAGGCAGAACGACAGUCUGCUGCUGUCUGCUGCUCUGGACAACACCAUCAAACUGACCAGUCUGCUGACCAACACGGUGGUUCAGACCUAUAACGCAGGUAAACCCGUGUGGAGCUGCUGCUGGUGUUUGGACAACAGCAAUUACGUUUACGCAGGUCUGAUCAACGGCUCUGUGCUCGUCUACGACACCAGAGACACCAGCACACACGUCCAGGAGCUGCAGCCGCUACGCUCCAGGUGUCCAGUGGCGUCUCUGUGUUACGUCCCACGGGCGGCGUCCAGCUCAUUCCCCUGUGGCGGGCUGAUCGCUGGCUCCCUGGAGGGAGGAUGUUUUUGGGAACAGGUCAACGAGACCACAUACAGACCACAUGUCCUGCCGCUGGAGACCGCCGGCUGCACCGACAUCCAGGUGGAGACAGAAAGCCGACACUGUCUGGUUACCUACAGGCCAGGACGCUCCAACCCGUCUCUGCGCUGCGUCCUGAUGUCUCUGAACAGGACGCCUCAGCAGGACUCCUCUCAGCUGCCCAGCUGCUCCUGCUCACCGGUGCAGACGUUCAGCGCCGGCUCGUCCUGCAAACUGCUCACCAAGAAUGCCGUCUUCAAGAGUCCAGAUGGUGGCGGGACGCUGGUCUGCGCCGGGGACGAGGCCUCCAACUCCACUAUGGUGUGGGAUGCAGGCAGCGGCUCUCUGCUCCAGAAGCUCCCAGCCGACCUCCCGGUGUUGGACAUCAGCCCGUUCUCGGUGAACGGCGAGCACUUCCUGGCCUCGCUCACGGAGAAGAUGCUAAAGCUCUACAGGUGGGAGUGAACGAGCAGGAAAUAAAACCUGCGUAGUCUCCGAGCUCGAGGAGCGGACGCCGUCUGAGAGGAACUGAAACCAAAUGCUGCUCAACUUUAAUCUGUUUAGACACGCAAAAAAACUGAUUUCUGGGAGCGAUCGCCCCGAGCAAGCAUUUCACCCUCAUCGGUUUUUACUUUUCUAUACCCAGACGACCACGUUACUGCUCGACCGGUGACCUUUGACCUGCACAGAGCCAAAUACUGAGUCAGGUGUGUGAUGACUGGACGGACUGAGCAACAUUGCUCCCAGACACAGUGAUCAGAUUGUGUUUACACGAGUCAAAGGUCAGAUUAUAACGUGCUCAGAUCUUCUCGGCUGCUAAAGACGUUGAGGUGUUGAAAGCUCCGUCAAGUCACUAAAAGGUGUCGUUAAAGGACCAACAUGCCAGUGUGAUGUAGCUCUUCAACUACAAAUCAUGCACACUUUAUUUUUAUGACCUUUUUCAGGCUGUUUUUUUGUGUGUGUGUGUUUUUUCUACAUUUUUGUAUCAUAUGAAAAUCAGUUAACAGACUUGA